AUGGCAGUGGCAAGAGCUUCAUUCAAACAAAUCAGAUUGCCUCCUCUACCAAGUAUCAAAGAUGUCAUUAGGCUGUACAAACUUCGGGCACUCCGAGAAUUGUCUCAAAAUUUUCUAAUGGAACCAAAAUUAAUCGAUAAAAUAGUCCGUGCUGCAGGUCAUAUCGAAAAUAACGUUGUUUGUGAAGUUGGUCCGGGCCCUGGCGGGAUUACAAGGUCUAUUAUUCGCCAAGCUCCACGGAAGGUAAUUGUUGUAGAGAAGGACAUGCGAUUUAUUCCUUCAUUGGAACUCCUAGCUGAUGCCUGCAAAGAUAGAGUUGAAAUGGACAUAAUAACUGGAGAUAUUUUAAAAACGGACAUAACUCCUUUUGUCCCAGCUGACACCAAAGCAGAUUGGCUUGAUUCUCCGCCACCUAUCAACUUGAUUGGCAAUUUGCCUUUUAGUGUGUCAACAAUACUGAUAAUCCGUUGGUUGGAAAUGAUUUCAAAACAUGAAGGCCCUUGGUCAUUUGGUCGCACUCGGAUGACACUGACAUUUCAGAAAGAAGUUGCUGAGAGAAUGGCUGCCCGCAUAUUAGAUAAACAGAGAUGCCGUCUGUCUGUUAUGUGCCAGAAUUGGUGCACAGUUAAAUACAAGUUUGACAUUCCCGGAUCUGCAUUUCUACCGAAACCAGAUGUUGAUGUUGGUGUUGUAACACUUACACCUUUAAAAUCUCCGUUAAUAAAACUGCCUUUCAAGCUUGUGGAGAAAGUCAUCCGUCAGAUAUUUUCCAUGAGACAGAAAUAUUCCAUCAGGGGUGCACAGACUUUGUUCCCUGAGGACGUUAGGGAGGAAAUGGCUCUGAGAAUGUAUGAAAUGGCGGAUAUUGAUCCUGUAACUAGACCUUUUCAAAUAGCCAACAUGGAAUUUGGGAGAAUAUGUGAAGCAUACAGUGAGAUCAUAAAAAAAUAUCCUGAGUUUGAAAAUUAUGAUUACAGAGCGCCCAAAAAUAAAGUUCUAGUGGAUGAAGGGAUAGAGGAAAAAGAAGUAAUGUAGUUUUGUCUUGUAAAUAUAAAACUUAGUCUAUUGUUAAAUAAAUGAAA